AUGAUUUUCAGUGAGCUGCAGUUCGCUCGUGCCAUGGAGUUCGCCAUCCACGAGAUCAACAACAGAACAGAUCUCCUGCCGGGAAUCACGUUAGGAUACCAGAUACACGACUCGUGCGGUGCAGUGCCGAUGGCUGUGAGUCACUACGCAACCUGCGCAUGUCUGAGCGAUAAGCGUCAGUAUCCUGCCUUCUUCAGGACCGUGCCUAGUGACCAUCACCAAGCGGCCGCACUAGCAAAAAUCGUCAAGCAUUUUGGCUGGACAUGGAUUGGGGCAGUGCGCAGCGACUCAGACUAUGGAAAUAAUGGAAUGGCGGCGUUUCUAAAGGCUGCGCAGGAGGAGGGCAUCUGUGUGGAGUACUCCGAGUCCUACUACAGAACAGAUCCGCGCAGUAAACUGGAGAGAGUGGCAAACGUCAUCCGCAGAUCAACAGCCCGGGUAAUAGUAGCGUUCCUUGCCUCAGGCGAAAUGAGGUUUCUUCUGGAGGAACUGACAAGACAGCCGCCGCCUCCUCUUCAGUGGAUCGGCACUGAAGGGUGGAUCUUAGAUCCAGAACUUCUGCGCUUUAACAUGUGCGCUGGGGCGAUAGGAUUUGGGGUCCCCCGCUCAGAGAUUCCAGGUCUUCGUGAGUUUCUUCUGGAUCUCUCUCCAGCACAAGCACUGAAAUCGCCCCUGCUAACGGAGUUUUGGGAGAGCUCGUUCAGCUGUAGCCUGAAAGGCUCCUCAGAGGGCGCGCGGGAAUGUGACGGCAGCGAGGACAUUCGCGCGCUGCAGAACCCAUACACAGAUACAUCGGAGCUUCGCGCGACUAUCCUGGUGUAUAAAGCUACGUAUGCCAUAGCGCAUGCCAUCCACGGUGUUAUCUGUAAUGACACUCAGUGUGACAAGAGCGCUAAAUUCGCACCAUGGCAGAUACUCGAUCAGCUCAAGAGAGUGAACUUCACUACAAAGAAUGGUUUUCAGGUCUCGUUUGAUUCCAGUGGAGAUCCUGUGGCCGUCUACGAUCUCAUAAACUGGCAGGUUAAGAAAGAUGGUGGUUUGGAUUUUGUGGCUGUGGGUCACUAUGACUCAUCCAGACCAAGAGGCCAGGAGUUCAGUAUGAGCAGAGCGAUCAGCUGGAUGGGGGGACAGACCGAGGUGCCAAGGUCUGUGUGCAGUGAGAGCUGUCCUCCAGGAACCAGGAAGGUUGUGCAGAAAGGAAAACCAGUCUGCUGCUAUGACUGUAUACCAUGUGCAGAAGGAGAGAUCAGUAACAAGACAGAUUCUUUGAACUGUGUGCGCUGCCCUUCUGAGUUCUGGCCAAACAUUCAGCGAGACAGCUGCCUCCCCAAGACUGUGGAGUUCCUGUCCUGGGACGACACUCUGAGCAUCAUCCUGACAGUGUUCUCCAUCACUGGGGCCUUCAUAGCUGUAUGUGUGGCUGCCAUUUUCUACAAACACAGAACUUCUCCCAUCGUCCGAGCCAACAACUCAGAGCUGAGCUUCCUGCUGCUCUUCUCACUGACUCUGUGUUUCCUCUGUUCGCUUACUUUCAUUGGUCAGCCCUCUGAUUGGUCCUGUAUGCUGCGUCACACAGCGUUUGGGAUCACCUUCGUCCUCUGCAUCUCCUGUGUUCUGGGGAAAACAAUAGUGGUGUUAAUGGCCUUCAGAGCUACACUUCCAGGCAGUAAUGCCAUGAAAUGGUUUGGGCCCCCACAACAGAGACUCAGUGUUCUUGCCUUCACUCUCAUUCAGGUCCUAAUUUGUGUUCUUUGGUUAAUAAUAGCACCACCUUUUCCUUUAAAAAAUCUAAAGCACUACAAGGAAAGGAUAAUCCUGGAAUGUGGAUUAGGUUCAGCUAUAGGUUUCUGGGCUGUGCUUGUUUAUAUAGGAUUUCUGGCUCUUUUGUGUUUUAUUUUAGCUUUUCUAGCACGGAAGCUGCCUGAUAACUUUAAUGAAGCCAAGUUCAUCACAUUCAGCAUGCUCAUAUUCUGCGCAGUGUGGGUUACCUUUAUCCCAGCUUAUGUCAGCUCACCCGGAAAGUUCACUGUAGCUGUAGAGAUAUUUGCUAUUCUGUCCUCAAGCUUUGGUUUGAUUACUUGUAUUUUUGCUCCCAAGUGUUUCAUAAUAAUGUUUAGACCUGAUCAGAAUACCAAGAAACACCUUAUGGUGUUCAGCAACAUUGUCAGUCUGCGCAGCACCAGCAACUGCCAAAUGCCCUUGCCCGACACUGGCCCCACCCACACACAUAUAGCUUCUCAUCAUACAUCAGGAGGCUGUUCCAGCUGGUGCAAAGCACCUUACAGGGGGCCUGUACAGUGUCACACCCAUCCAAUCCAGUUUCUGCCCCACCUGGAGCCAACCACAUGCCCAAGAGAAUUCUGUGUCCUCUUCCUCGGGGCUCACAGCAUCAAGUCUAGUGCCACUGGAAGCGACAGCAGCAGAACCAGUGCUCCUCUCAACUGUCUUCACUCAAAACUGUCACUCCUCAGCAGCACACAGGGAGCGGGACAGGACAUAGACAUUGCCAAGGAGGUGCCCAGCAUGGUCUCAAAUGGUGGUAAGUGGUACUCUUGCAAUGCUGUGAUCCAACUCAUGACCUGA